UGCUCCUCCUCCCGCUCCUCCUCCUCCUCUUCCUGGGUUCCUCCGCCGCUGCCGGCCGGCUGCGCGCUCUGCUCUUCCAGCACUGCGGACCGCAGCAACCAUGGCCGACAUCAAGACGGGCAUCUUCGCCAAGAACGUGCAGAAGCGGCUCAACCGCGCGCAGGAAAAGGUCCUCCAGAAGCUGGGGAAAGCUGACGAAACAAAAGACGAACAGUUUGAAGAAUAUGUCCAGAAUUUCAAACGGCAAGAGGCAGAGGGUACCAGACUGCAGAGAGAACUCCGGGGAUAUUUAGCAGCCAUCAAAGGCAUGCAGGAGGCGUCAAUGAAGCUCACUGAGUCACUGCAUGAAGUCUACGAGCCAGACUGGUACGGACGGGAAGAUGUAAAGAUGGUUGGUGAGAAAUGUGAUGUGCUGUGGGAAGACUUCCAUCAAAAACUCGUGGAUGGGUCCUUGCUGACACUGGACACCUACCUCGGCCAAUUUCCUGACAUAAAGAAUCGCAUCGCUAAGCGCAGCAGGAAGCUCGUGGAUUAUGACAGUGCCCGCCAUCACCUGGAGGCUCUGCAGAGUUCCAAGCGUAAGGAUGAGAGCCGGAUCUCUAAGGCAGAAGAGGAGUUUCAGAAAGCACAAAAAGUGUUUGAAGAGUUCAAUGUUGACUUACAAGAAGAGCUACCGUCAUUGUGGUCAAGACGAGUUGGCUUUUAUGUCAAUACUUUCAAAAAUGUCUCCAGCCUUGAGGCCAAGUUUCACAAGGAAAUUGCAGUGCUCUGCCACAAACUCUAUGAAGUCAUGACGAAACUGGGUGAGCAGCAUGCUGACAAGGCCUUCAGCAUUCAAGGAGCGCCCAGUGAUUCGGGUCCUCUUCGUAUUGCAAAGACACCAUCACCCCCAGAGGAGCCUUCACCCCUGCCCAGCCCAACAGCUAGUCCCAACCACACACUAGCGCCUGCAUCUCCUGCCCCAGUGCGACCCAGAUCACCUUCACAGACAAGGAAAGGGCCUCCUGUCCCACCUCUGCCUAAAGUCACCCCAACAAAGGAACUGCAGCAAGAGAACAUCAUCAAUUUCUUUGAGGACAACUUUGUUCCAGAAAUUAAUGUGACAACACCUUCCCAGAACGAAGUCCUGGAGGUGAAGAAGGAGGAGACUUUGCUGGAUCUGGACUUUGACCCUUUCAAGCCCGAGGUGGCUCCUGCAGGUUCCACUGCGGCGACACACUCACCCAUGUCUCAGACGUUGCCCUGGGACUUGUGGACGACAAGCACUGAUUUGGUACAACCGACUGACUCUUCAAAAAGUCUUUCUAUGUGUAACCUCAUCAUGGAGGAAACUCCUGACAGUGGUUUGGCUGAAGAGAUUCAAAGAUCUGAAACUGAUAUAGGUGCAUUUAUUUGGGGCCCUCAUGCUAGGACAGACAGUGUCAACCAGGAGAUGACCCCUAGUGGGUCUCAAGAAGACAUUGUCUGUCUUUCUGAAGCAGAGCAAGACAUGAGAUUAUCCGCUGGAAUGUUUUCUUCUGCUGACUGUUCUACUGUAGCUGAAGAGGGUGUGGAAGCCCUGUGGCCAGCCCCUCCAGCUAGAAAUGAGCAGCUGUCCUCACAGCCUGAACUGGAGGCUGGAGUUGCAAUUACUGCAUGCAUGGAGAUGGACCGGUCAUAUGCAUUACUUGACUCAGAGAUGCCAACCUUGGGAAAAGCUGACCUGCUCAAAGAAGGUCAUGAAGAAGCUAAAAUAUCAGAUGGAGAAAUAACACAGAAGCUGAAGGCUUCUGGGGGUUCAUUUAAUGGCUUUACACAGCCCCAGGACACUUCUUUAUUUACCAUGCAGGCAGAUCAGAAUAUGGUAGGUGGUUUGGCUGAAAAUGAACAGGCUCUAUCCACAGAGCCCCAAGCAGAGGAGCCUCCUGCCACGGCUGCUGCACCUGCUGCUGGGCUGGACCUUGGACUAGAGAUGGAGGAGCCAAAGCAGGAGGCAGUGAUCCCUCCAGGAACAGAUGCUGAUGAGACUGUGGGAACUACAGUGCCCACUGAUGGGGAAGCAGAGGCAGAAAAGGCAGUCAUUCCUGCUGAAGAAGGAGAAAGUCUAGAGGGAUCCAAAAUAGAUGCUGAAGGCACUGAAGUUGCAAGCAGCCAAAGUCCUCAAACAGCAGAGCCUGAAUCGGCUGCUACUCAGGAGAAGGUCAUCCCUUCUGUUGUCAUUGAGCCAGCCUCCAACCAUGAAGGGGAAGGAGAACACCACGAGACCACUGUGGGUGCCGAAACGAGGGCGGCCACUGAGGAUGUGGCUCCUCAGGGCCCAGCGGGGGAGAAGCAGGACCUGGCUGCAGAGCCCACGCCUCUGGAUUCUCAGGCUGCUGCACCUGCGCUGGCAGGGGUUGUGGAUUCCUCGCUGUCCGCAGGGGAUGCUGCUCAAGAACUGCCUCCUGGCUUUCUCUACAAGGUGGAAACCCUGCAUGAUUUCGAGGCGGCAAAUUCCGAUGAGCUUACCCUGCAGAGGGGUGACGUGGUGCUCGUGGUCCCCUCAGACUCAGAAGCUGACCAGGACGCAGGCUGGUUGGUGGGAGUGAAGGAGUCAGACUGGCUUCAGCACAGAGACCUGGCGGCUUACAAAGGCCUCUUCCCAGAGAACUUCACCCGACGCCUGGAGUAGGGCUGCAGAUGGUGCAAAAAAAAAAAAAAAAAAAAAGAGUCAUGUGACUGGGUUUUUAAACCUUCAUGGAAUGCGGAAGAGUUCACUUUUGCUACUACACUCUUGACAGACUGGUGCCAGAUGACACUUGGGAAGACGGAUCAAUAGAAAAUGUAUGCAAAAACUGUAAGAAGAAGGGGAAAUAGCAAAUUAAGGGGGGGAAAAAACACCUUAUUUUGUUCCCUGUGUUCAAUAGAGGUUGAUUUGUGCUUUGUCUAACUGUGAACACUGGUACUCGAUCCCCCUCCCACCAAGUCUAAAGUAGCUUUCUCCAGACGGGACAUUGACUUCUUUGCAUCAAGUGUGUGGUGUCCAGUGGCUGCCCUGCAGAUGUGACGAGUUACCUUGUAGUAAGACCAUCAUCUUACUUCCUUGCCCGGUUGUGAGCACGUGCUCUCUUUCCCUUCCAAGUUUACCGCGUUCAAAACUAAACAGCUGCAAACAUUCUUAACAGUCUUCUCCCAUCACCUCUAUAUACAUACGUACGGACGCACAGUCGCCCAAGCUAGUUCCCAUUGCCUGCUGGACCUAUGUGUAUGCAGACGGCUACAUAUGCAUAGCUGAUCCCUUCCCUUUCCACUGUAGCUCUUCGCCUCUUAGUGUCAUCGAUACACGCAUUGCUCUUAUUCCGUCUGGCAUUCCAGCUGCAGUUUUGCCUCGGUGCAAAACCACUCAUCCCAUUGCCAAAACAGCUGACAGUGUCUGUGUGCGUUGUGUGCCGUUUUCAGGAUGAUGUAACAGAUAGCACGUCCGUGCUGCUGCCCCUUUGGAGAGAGCAGGGCCUGGUUGUGUAGCUGCCCAGCUGCUGCGUCCAGAUAAAUACAAGAUCCGGACCAGCAGCUAUGCAGUCAUCACUUCUGCCUUUCUGUGACUGGCUGGCCGAGGGAGGGGGCGAAAGGACCUAUUUAUGCAGCUCACCUUCACAGAUCAUUCUGAAAUGAACGAGGCGAUGUAUGCCGUGCCACGAACCAUCUGUAAUAGUUGUGUUCUCAGUGCCGUGUCAUUCCAAAUAAACCUUUGGUAAUCUCCGAGUCACACUGA